ACAAAGUAUUCAGAGACCCGACCCGACCCUCCCAACCCCCGCCCCAUUGUUGACUGGAAACAUCCAAAAGAGCGGAGGAGGAGGGGUUUUUGAAGAAGAAGAAGAAGAGACUAAUCGAAGAAAUGGCGAAGUCCUGUAAGGGCCUUGCUGUGGAGUUGGUCAAGUGUCUUAGCGAAUCGGAUUGCGUUAAGGUUGAGAAGAAGAGUUUCAGGGAAUGCGCGAAAGAAAAGAGUCCAUGUAUUCCUAGUGAAUGUGUAGGACUAAGGGAAACCUACUUCACUUGCAAGAGAGGACAGCUGGACAUGAGAGCUCGAAUUCGUGGAAAUAAAGGCUAUUAAUUGGUAGGACUGGCGCAAAUUCCACACAUGAGAAGUACGAUAUUUUCCAGACUGGACUGCAUGUGACAAAUUGCAAUCUACAAUUUUCUCAACAACAGUGUCGCACGUAUACAAGUUUCUUGGACAUUUUACUUGACAAACUUUGUACCUGUUGCUUCGGCCCCUUCUUAAUUUUGAAUACCGUUGAUAUUGGAUGUGAAAUUGUGGAAGAGGGUUUAGCUCUCAUUUUUCGUCAUGAAUGAUUAAUUUGUUUUACGUAUCACUGAUGUGCGAUGCUGGAGAGACUAUUUGUUUAUCUAUUUUUUAGCAUAGCUCUUGGUGGGAUUAUUUGUCCUCAAUUGAAUAAAAUCCUCUUUGAAUUUA